AUGCUCGCUAUUCCGUUGCAAUUUUGCAACGGAAUUAUUCCCUUGCAAAUUUUCCUUGCAAUAGGAGUGUUUUCUUGUAGUGAGUACCUCGGAGUAUUCAACAAGACAACCAACGGUAACACCUCGAACAACAUAAUAGCUAUCGAGUUAGAUAUAAAUAAAGAUGAAGAGUUCGGAGAUAUCGAUGACAACCAUGUUGGGAUCAACAUCAACGGCUUGAGGUCUGUUGUCUCUGCUCCUGCUGGUUACUAUGAUGAUAACGAUGGAAAGUUUCACAACCUUUCUUUAGUCAGCGGAAAGGUUAUGCGGCUUUCAAUCGUUUAUAGCCAACCUGAUAAACAGCUCAAUGUAACCUUAAGCCCUGCCGAGUUCUCCGACACGCCACUGGAACCGCUUCUGUCUUUAAAACAAGAUCUCUCACCUUACAUUUUGGAGGAGAUGUAUCUUGGCUUCACGGCAUCAACUGGUUCGGUCGGAGCAAUCCACUAUAUGUUGAACUCGGUCUCUGGUCCUGAAGUGGACUAUCCAUCGUUUGAUAUAAGUGUAGUCCCCACCCUUCCUCCAUAUCCAAAGAAAGUGACUGAUAAAACAAGGAUUAUAUUAGCGGUUUGUUUAAUAUUAGCCGUGACCAUUGCGUUUGUAACUUCUUUGAUUGGCUUCCUCUUCUAUAUGAGGCAUAAGAAGGUCAAAGAGGUUCUUGAAGAAUGGGAAAUUCAGUAUGGACCUCACAGGUUUGCGUACAAGGAGCUUUACAAUGCGACAAAGGGUUUUAAGGAGAAACAAGUUCUUGGAAGUGGAGGUUUUGGUCAAGUCUAUAAAGGAACACUCCCGGGUUCCGACGCAGAGAUUGCUGUGAAACGGACUUCUCAAGGUUCAAGCCAAGGAAAGAGCGAGUUUAUAGCCGAGAUAUCGACCAUUGGUCGUCUAAGACAUCCGAACUUAGUCAGGCUUUUGGGAUAUUGUAGACACAAAGAGGAUCUUUUCUUGGUUUAUGACUGA